AUGGCGAGGAGACGUUCAUUCGGCGGAUAUGAAGAGGACAGGUUUGAAAACGAAGUAGACAGUGCAUUACUGUGCACUACUUGUAGAAACGUCUUAAAAGACCCAGUCCAUUGCCCGAAUGAACAUUAUUGCUGCCGCUCGUGUAUUGUAAAGCAUUUGCACGAAAACUUCGAAAGGUGUCCGAUGUGUCAACACCAUCUGACGGAAGAAACUUUGAGCAAACCACCGAGAGUUUUGACGAAUAUGUUGCAGAACCUCAAGAUUCGGUGUGAUCACGCCAAACGCGGUUGUCGAGAAUUGAUCAAGCUUGAAUUUCUUGAUCGCCAUGUCAAGAGCUGUGGCUAUUCACCAACACGUUGUACAAACCCUGGCUGUCCUCAAGUCAUCAACCAACACGAAAAAGAACGCCAUGAGAAUGAACUUUGUCGUUUUCGUAUGGUUGUUUGUGACGAUUGUAAGCAACAAAUGUCAGGCAAGUCAAGUCGUGUUCAUCCCUGCUUCAUGAGGAAAGAAAUGGACCAUUUAGUCAAAGAUAUGAGGGAAGUCAAGGAUGAAGUAAAGCAAGUGAAGCUGACUCAAGAGGAGUUUAUUCGAGAUCUGAUAGACCAAGUUGCCAGACAAAAUGAUGUCGUUGAUGAUCUAUGCCACAGAAUGAAUAACAUGAAAGCAGAAAUGGAGUGGAAUGCAAAGGAAGCAAGCGAACGAUGUGAUUUGUUCACAGGUAGAUCAAAAAUUUUCGUUUGUGGAGGGAUAGAUGUAUACAACCUUAAUUCCGUAGAGUCGUACAGCUGGCCCGAGAAUUCCUGGACUGUGGAACCAGCAAUGAAGGAGGCACGAUCAAACCCUUCAGCAUUUGUCCACGAGCGGCAAAUGUAUGUCAGUGGCGGAUGGACUGGGACCAAGGCCACUGACAGCAUUGAAAGCAUGAAUGUUGCCGAGGAAAACAUAGAAUGGAUUCAGUCUCCUCUCAAGAUGCAAAUUAAGUGUCAAGGACACAAAAUGGUUUCUCACGAGAACAGUGCGAUUUUAACUGGUGGAUUUGAAGGUGGCAAUGUUUCAGACGGGAUUUACGAAAUGAAACUAAAUCCUCCAUACACUACCAAAUUAUUAACCCAGAUGCCAGAACCAAGAUGCGGCCAUGGUUGUCAUAUUAUUGACAACCAGGUUGUGGUUGUUGGCGGAAGUACAUCAAGAUACCUUGGCAACGACGUUAAAAACACUGUGUACGUAUAUGAUAUGAACAAUAAUGAAUGUAAAACCUUACCACCACUGCCGUUUCCUAUCACUGAUAUGGCUAGUGUUAGUUAUAAAGGUAAUGUAAUUUUGAUCGGAGGUUUUAAUAACAAAGCUCAAACAUUAAACAGUGUAGUAAUGUAUGAUGUGAAAACAGGGAAAAUUAAAAUGUUGCCUUGUCUUAAUUCUAAAAGAGCAGCAAGUACAGCAGUUAUCACUAGCAAUGUUAUCAUUGUUAUGGGUGGGUAUGAUCAUGAAACUAAAACAUGUCUCAAUUCUGUAGAGUGUUUAGAUUUAAGUAGCAAUGUAUGGAGAGAACUGUCGCCAAUGCCAACUAAACGAAGUGGUGCAACUGCAGUUGUAAAACCAAUUUCAUAG